GGUGCACACCUUCCGUCAGACCAUGUGGCUUAGGACUGACAUUUUUGAGCCCACUGAAAGCGUUUUUGUGUGACCGCGUUCGUCGCAGCAAUGGGCUUACUAUGGUUGUGGACAUGCGCCCCCCUCUACAUUGUCCAAGCACUGGCAGACACAGACCUUGGUUUUCAACGUAAUCCAGGCCUUGAAGUGGAUUGGAUGUUGGGGGAAGCAGGUAGAAUGAUCAGGGCCGCAGAGGAGAUCAAACCAUGGAGGACACCAGGUUUGCAGGACGAACCUGCUCGACCAACUGUUCCCCGCCGCUUUUCCGCGGACAUCGAGUACGUCACUUUUGAAUCGGGCUUCCUUCAAACUGGCCGUGGUUUCUUCGCACAAGAUGCCAAUGAGGAAGCAAUGAGAGUACUGACUGUCCGACAUACUCUUGGGAUGAGCCAGCUGUUGAACAAUCACACUAGUUUGCUGCUGGGAAAUGAAUCCUACAUCAUCAACGGUGGCGAUUUGCCAAUUUGCAAGAAACUACCCUUCUUUGGCCAACAGCAAUUUGUUGAUUUGUUCGCUUGGGCAGCAAACCCCGCCGUCUCGAGAUACACGGGAGAGCGUGUUGUUGCUGGAAGGGCUUGCUCUUUGUGGUACUUGCUUUCAACGAAUCAGACGAGAAUCAGCUUGUGUGCAGCUGGAAACACUCCAGUUGAGUUGAAUGUGACCCUUUCCAGGAGUGGAACAACCUUCAACUUCACCUACCAGUUUGACCGCUUAAAGCUUGGAAGUGAGGUACCAGAGCAGCUUUUGCAAAAGCCUCAGAUUUGUGACUCAUUUGCUCCUGCUUGUGAAAAUGGCCGUGGGCUGGAUCCGGUUCCAUUGGAUGCAUAUAUAUUCCAUCCAGGUAUGUCGGUUGAAGACUACAACAUUGAGGACCAAAAUGUUGCAGAUCUCGCAGGAGACGCGGCCUUCAUUUGUAUGGACUGGCUCUUCCAUGAAUCCCCCCGACUUGAUCACAACUACACCUUGAUCUCACGCUAUAGCUUGGAAAUUAGCCCCUCAUUUGGACAGUACCGGCCAUGCAAUGGCUACCCAGACACCAUCCCACCUGGCCCUUCAUGUGUUCCCGGGGAUCCACGUUUGGUGGGCAGGGAAGCUCCAUUUUCUGCUGGCGAAGGUGAGCUAAGGUGUGCUGCAGGGAGUCCUUUAGGCUUUUGGUAUCAGCUGCCGAAAGGUGGUCGUUGCUCUACUGGACACAGACCAAGCAAGGAAGCUUGGGCUACUGGCUGUACCUGGUCUGUGCAGAAGCGCUUGAAGACCAUUCAACAGGCCUGCUUGCUUAGAAAUCACAAUUUCCUUCAGUACUGUAAGGCUGACGUCCUCGAAGAUAAAGGCUUUGGCAGGAGCAUGAAAGCUUUAGAGGCUGCCUUCGCCUCUGAGGAUUCAUCCUUGGGUGGAUGUGCUGAUGUUGGUGAACCUGUUGCUCAGGACAGCGAGUCCAUGGUGGUAGUUUGAUCAACU